GCUGGAUUAUAUGGUGCUAGCAGCUGGCUUGGUGCUCCUCUCAGCUGCCCACCAUGGCCUGGGGGCUUCCCAGCACUGCCAGCCUGGCGCACUUCUGCCAGAAGCUGAACCGGCUGAAGACAGUGGAGGAGUCCACCAGAGAGAUGUUGCUGCGGCGCCACCUGACCACACUGGACCUGACCCUGCUGGGUGUGGGUGGCAUGGUGGGCUUUGGCCUCUAUGUGCUCACGGGCACCGUGGCCAAAGAGAUGGCUGGCCCUGCUGUGCUCAUGUCCUUCAGUGUGGCUGCCGUGGCCUCCCUGCUGGCAGCCCUAUGCUAUGCAGAGCUCGGGGCAAAUGUGCCCAGCAAGGGCUCUGCCUACCUGUUCACCUACAUGUCCAUGGGUGAGCUGUGGGCCUUCCUCGUUGGCUGGAACGUGCUCCUCUGGUGUCUCAUUGGUGGCGCCGCUGUGGCCUGCGCCUGGAGUGGCUACCUGGACACCAUCUUCAGCUACCGAAUCCGCAGCUUCACUGUGGCCCAUGUGGGCACCUGGCAGGUGCCCUUCCUCGCCCAGUACCCAGACUUCUUGGCUGCUGGCAUCACACUUUUGACCUCUGCAUCCAUCUCCUACAGAGCCCGCAUCUCUUCCUGGCUCAACCGCACCUUCUCUGCCAUCAGCCUGGUCAUCAUCCUCUUCAUCACCAUCCUGGGGUGUGUCCUGGCCCGCCUGGAAAACUGGAGCUCUGAGGAAGGGGGCUUUGCACCUUUCGGCUUCUCUGGAAUCAUGGCUGGUGCUGCCACCUGCUUCUACGGCUUUGUGGGCUUUAGUGUCAUUAUUACCUCCAGCGAGGAGGCCCAGAACCCAAAGCAAGCUGUGCCUAUGGCCAUUGUCAUCUCGGUUGGCCUGGUGGCCGGUGCCUACAUCCUCGUCUCCACUGUGCUCACCCUCAUGGUGCCCUGGCACAGCCUGGACCCUGACUCGGCGCUUGCUGAUGUCUUCUACCAGCGGGGCUAUAGCUGGGCGGGCGUCAUUGUGGUGGCUGGCUCCAUCUGUGGUAAGGGGCCCUUCCGGGCAAGGUGGGAGGAGACAGGGUGGUGGGGCCGUGCCCUAAGCCUCCCAGGGAACACAUCUCCAUCUGGUCCUGUGUUCCCAGUCGCUUCAUCAGCCCAGGAAGCCAUGACCAGUGUCCUGAUCAGCAACCUACUUUACCUGCCACGCACCGUCUAUGCCAUGGCCGCCGACGGGCUCUUCUUCCAGGUGUUUGCCCACGUGCACCCCAGGACACAGGUGCCCAUGGUGGGCAUCCUGGUGUUCGGGGUCCUCAUGGCUUUCCUGGCGCUGCUGCUGGACUUCAAGGCACUGGUCCAGGUCCUGUCCUUCGGUGCACUGCUGGCCUACACCUUCAUGGCCACCAGCAUUAUCGUGCUACGCUUCCAAAAGGCCUCUCCAUCCAGUUCCCUGGGCCCAGUCAGCCCUGUGGGCACAGAGCAGGUCUCAGCCCCUGAGCCUGGGCAGCUGCGACCAGCCCUGAGGCCCUACCUCAGCUUCCUGGGUGGGGGCAGGCCUGGAGCCGCCGUACCUUGGGCAUACGGUGUCCUGGUGGCCUCGGCCAUCACUCUGGACUGCGUGCUGGUCUUCGGGGACUCAGCCCUGCACCUCCCGCUCUGGGGCUACACCCUGCUGCUCCUGCUCAGCUCCGUCAUGUUUCUGCUCAGUCUCCUCGUCCUGGGGGCCCACCAGCAACAGCGCCGGCAGGACACCUUCCAGCCCUGA